GUAAUUUAUGCCUGUCUCACCUCGUGACUACUUUAUUGAUUACUUUUGUAAUCGAAAUCGGGAGGUGUGUUAAUCUGUUAAAUGUUUGGCAAGAAGAAGCUACGUUGAAGCAAUUUUAUUUCUAAUCGUCUUUUUCUGUUUUACUUAAAAAUUUUUUUUCAUAACAAAUAUAAUUUUUUUUUUAACCUAACAACUUAUUGAAAUUUAAUAUGGGAUCGCUUUUUCGAAGCGAAGAGAUGACCUUGUGUCAACUCUUCUUACAAAGUGAAGCAGCUUAUGCCUGUGUCUCAGAACUUGGAGAACUUGGCCUUGUACAAUUUCGAGAUCUUAAUCCUGAUGUUAAUGCUUUCCAACGAAAAUUUGUUAAUGAAGUACGUCGUUGUGAUGAAAUGGAACGUAAAUUACGAUAUUUGGAAAAAGAAAUUAAAAAAGAUGGUAUUCCUAUGCUCGAUACUGGAGAAAAUCCAGAAGCUCCACAACCCAGAGAAAUGAUAGAUCUUGAAGCAACAUUUGAAAAAUUAGAAAAUGAAUUACGAGAAGUUAAUCAAAAUGCAGAGACACUAAAACGUAACUUUUUGGAGUUGACUGAAUUGAAGCAUAUACUUCGAAAAACACAAGUUUUCUUCGAUGAGGCUGAGCAUGGAGGUGUCGUGUCGCAGAUGGCAGACCCCAGCCGUGAGGAAGAACAAGUCACUCUCUUGGGUGAAGAGGGCCUCCGCGCUGGCGGCCAGGCUCUCAAGCUCGGUUUCGUCGCAGGAGUAAUUCUACGAGAACGUAUUCCAGCAUUUGAACGUAUGCUUUGGCGUGCAUGUCGUGGUAAUGUAUUUCUGCGUCAAGCAGAAAUUGAAACUCCUCUAGAAGAUCCUUCAACGGGAGAUCAAGUCUUCAAAUCUGUGUUUAUCAUAUUCUUCCAAGGAGAUCAAUUGAAAACUCGAGUUAAAAAAAUUUGUGAAGGAUUUAGAGCAACUUUAUAUCCUUGCCCUGAAGCACCUGCUGAUCGCCGUGAAAUGGCUAUGGGUGUUAUGACUCGAAUUGAAGAUCUAAAUACAGUUCUUGGACAAACUCAAGAUCAUCGACAUCGUGUUUUAGUAGCUGCUGCAAAAAAUAUUAAAAAUUGGUUUGUGAAAGUUCGCAAAAUUAAAGCAAUUUAUCAUACUUUAAAUUUAUUUAAUUUGGAUGUUACGCAAAAAUGUUUAAUUGCUGAAUGUUGGGUUCCUGUAUUAGAUAUUGAAAUAAUACAAUUAGCAUUACGUCGUGGAACUGAACGUAGUGGAAGCUCUGUGCCACCAAUUUUAAACCGUAUGGUAACUUUUGAAGAUCCACCUACUUAUAAUCGGACCAAUAAAUUUACUAAAGGUUUUCAAGCUCUAAUAGAUGCAUAUGGAGUUGCUUCGUACAGAGAAAUGAAUCCAUCUCCUUAUACUAUAAUAACAUUUCCAUUUUUAUUUGCGGUUAUGUUUGGAGAUACUGGUCAUGGCCUUCUUAUGUUUCUUUUUGGUGGAUGGAUGGUAUUAAAAGAAAAACCAUUAGCUGCAAAAAAAUCUGAUAACGAAAUUUGGAAUAUCUUUUUUGGUGGUCGAUAUAUUAUUUUUUUAAUGGGUUUAUUUUCAAUGUAUACUGGACUUAUAUAUAAUGAUAUAUUUUCCAAAUCAUUAAAUAUUUUUGGAUCAUAUUGGAGAAUCAAUUAUAAUUUCUCCACAAUAGAUUCAAAUAAAGAGUUGCAAUUAAAUCCUAGUGAUAAAGAACAAUAUUUACAAAUUCCAUAUCCUAUUGGAAUGGAUCCUGUGUGGCAAUUAGCAGAAAAUAAAAUCAUUUUUUUAAAUUCAUAUAAGAUGAAAAUAUCUAUAAUUUUUGGAGUCAUACACAUGUUGUUUGGUGUGGUGAUUGGAUUAUGGAAUCAUAUGUAUUUCAAAAGAAAACUUAACAUAACUUGUGAAUUCAUUCCUCAAAUUAUUUUUUUAGUAUUUCUUUUUCUUUACAUGGUACUACUUAUGUUUAUUAAAUGGAUAAAAUAUGGCCCUGAUAGCGAUAAAAUAGAUCCAGAACAUGGUCCUUCUUGUGCACCAUCAGUAUUAAUUACAUUUAUUAAUAUGGUAUUAUUUAAACCUGGAACUGCGCCAAAACCUUGUUCACCUUGGAUGUAUGGUGGACAAAGUGGAUUCCAAUCAUUUCUAGUAGUUAUUGCUGUUCUUUGCAUUCCUUGGAUGUUAUUGGCAAAACCUAUUAUGCUAAUGAACAAUAGAAAGAAGCAACAUUAUCAGUUAAACAAUCAUGGUACAGAAAAUGGAGAUGUAGAAGGUGCUGUUGAUGCAAUACAACCAGCAAAUGGAGUUCCUCAAGGUGGAGGUCACAAAGAAGAAGAGGAAGAUAUGGCUGAAGUAUUUAUUCAUCAGGGCAUACAUACUAUUGAAUAUGUUCUUGGCAGUGUAUCUCAUACUGCAUCUUAUCUGCGUUUAUGGGCUUUAUCCCUUGCCCAUGCUCAAUUAUCAGAAGUAUUAUGGAAUAUGGUUAUGAGAAAUGGAUUAACUCAAGAAGGCUGGGCAGGUGGUAUUAUUCUAUGGGCUGUGUUUGCAUUUUGGGCUGUUCUAACAGUUGGUAUUCUAGUUCUUAUGGAAGGUUUAUCAGCUUUCUUACAUACACUUAGACUUCAUUGGGUCGAAUUUCAAAGCAAAUUUUACUCUGGACUAGGAUAUGGUUUCCAACCAUUUUCAUUUGAAAUUAUUUUAGAUGCAGCACAAUCCACUGCAGAAGAUUAAAAUAUAUUGAUUUAUAAUAUAAUGUUCCAUUUAUUAUCAAUGAAAUUCUUGUUCUCCAUAAGUAUAAAAAACAAAAUUAAUAAUAUUGUAAUGUUAUAAUAUUAAUUGAUUUUUAUUGAUCUGUUUGAUAAGUUUACUAAUCAUAAAUUAAUACUAUGUUUAAAUAAGUUAAUUUCUAUUUUUAUUUACAAAACAAAAAUAAUUGUAAUUCUAAAAAUAAAAAAUAUAAUAUUUUCAUUUUAUAAUUAUAUUUAAAAAUUUAUUCAAUAUAUUUAUUAUAAAAAUAUUGUUUUAAAUGAUAUAAUUGUAUAUAAGUAUAAAUAUUAAAUAUAUAUUUUUAAAUAAAAUUUGAUUAUUCAAAAUGCUUAUGGGGAAUUCGCAAAAAAAAAAAUUAUAAACUAUAAGUGGAUCUGAAAUAUGUAGUAAAAACAAGUGUAUGUGCAUGACAUGUAUUUAAUUAUAAUUAUAUAUAUACAUGUUAUAAAUGUUAA